AUGGCGGAACACGGAGCAUAUUCUCCUAGUCCAAGAACGCCAUCUGCCUUUCAUCAGAGAAGCUCCCAUUCACGUUCAGCGUCAUGGUCGUACACAUCAGGAAAUGGGCAAAUCACUAUAACACCUUUAAACCCGAUCAGAUCGGUUAUUCGUGAGUUUGUUCCCAGUUUCGGCCAUCGAAGUCCAACUUCCCUAUCGUCUACUAGUUCUCCUCUUUCUCCUCUCUCGCCUUCGACUUACGUUAACAUAGCGGAGGUUCUGAGAGACGAAAACGAUGUAGAAGACAUAGAAUCGAGCAGGGUCUCCCCAUUUACCGCUGUAAAUAACAAUUCAGGAAACUCAAGCGAUGGAGAUGCCGAAAGUGGCGAUGCCAAUAUGGCCGCCGGGAAUUCUAGUGGUGCUAAUGGAAACGGUCGUUCUGCUGGAGAUAGAGUCGAGUUUCAAGGCACGAUAAACUGGAUUGAAAAGAGUUUACCUUUUGUCCUGUUGCUGCUAAGCAGAAUUAUGUGGGACCAUCGAUUAGGUAGGUGUUAUUAAGGUUUAAAAAUGACCUUGGUUAAUCUUCGGAUUAAAGUACAACAACAACAACAACAAUAAUGAUAAUGAUUAGGACAAUAAUAACAAUAAGAUAAUAAUAGUAAUAAUAAUAAUAAUAAUAAUUCCUUGUGAAACGAGCGAGGCUCCACGUAUGCAUCAUUUAUAGUGGCCUGCAUAGUCCGGUGGCCCUUAUAUAUUUCUAUGUGUAUGUUGUGGUUCAGUUUUAUCCCGGUUCAAAUUUUGUUUUCCUUUGUUUCAAACUCAUUAUCAUACAUUACCAUACCCAAACACAAAGGAAAAUAAAAUUUAAACCAAGGAUGAAAUUGAACCACAACAUAUAUAUCUGAUGGUGUCUCCAAUGACAUCAUCAGUACAAGCGACAAAUGUGUGGGCAUUGUUGUUACUGUUUUUGCGACCAUUUUAGCAAUAAAAAAUGCUUUGGGAAAAUAAACUUCAAUGGCAAAAGUAUUUCAAAGAGAUCCUUGAAUCAGUUUGGACCAGUUGUUUCAAAAUCAGAGGAAAAUUAGCUUGGUGCUUUGCCUGCCAAUGAAACAUAAACUUGUUUCAGCUCUGUUCAACUGCUGUACAGGGUUUCAGAUGACUUUCAGGCAACUUGACCUUGAGGCAUCACAACACUGUAGGAAAGAAAAUUAACAUACAUGUAUGGGUAAAAGAAAUUUGAGUCCUAAUCAUGACUGUUACUAGUAAUUAAGGAAUUCAAUGUUUUUCAGGGGUGUGCUCUUUGGUGACUAGAAAAUCUUAGUCUUUUCAUACAAAUGAUAUGCAGCUGGGCACCCUAGUUUUUGCAGGUCCAGGGCACUGGGCUCCCUUUAAUUUCCUUAGAGCACAGCCUUGUUUUUUUGAUAUACAAUAUAUCCUUCCUUUUCAGGUAUUUUGGUGUUUAUUGGUUUGUGUGGUACAUUUCUUCAUGCUAACAGUACUGUUAAAAGACAAGUGUCUCUAAAGGUAUUUAUUUAAAUGACUACAUACUUUGAAUUUUGUUUCCAAAAAAAGGAAACACUUCAGCAACAUUAUGGGCAUGUUUUAUCAAAUUUUUGUUGUUCCACAAUAAGCUGGUGCAGGUCCAGACUGAUUUUCAUUAAUAAUUGUUUUCUUUUUUACUAAAAAGUUAGAUGUAAACAACACUUUAUCACUGACAGUGUGUUUCUCAGGCCAUAUCAGAAGCUUGCACCUUUCGCUCAUACCAUGAUAUUUAAAAAAUAGUUGCAUUUUACUCAUACAAAUGAGUUCAUAUACAUGUACAAGAUUAUGGAGUGCAGGUGGGUUUUUCACCAAAUCAGACCUCCUGUCGGUUGUUUCUCAGUGCUAAACCUGGUUCACAGCAAGACACAUUUUGAGUCAAUUUCAAAAAGUCAAGAACUCUUCAAUCACUUGUUGGUCAUUUCCUUUUUCCUUGUGACCUUUAACAUUAUUUGACUGACCAGUGUAACUGUUUAAAAUGUGAAUGUUACGUUGUAAGUUAAAUGUUAGCCAUUCUUGGAAUUUAUAAGUUUAAUGUAGAUUUCAGCCUGUGAACAGAUUUGCAGUAUUUUUUGCUUCACUAGACCUACAUUUCUUAUCAUAACAUUAUUUCUUUGAUCAUUUUAGGAUAGACGUCUUAAUCGAGUCUCUCUGUGGACCUUUGUUUUUCUUUCCGGAAACGUCUUUUUUAUUUACUAUGUGUUCUAUAACAACCAUCUAGAAAACUGGUAAGAAACCACAGAAACGAAUGUUGGUGUAUUUAGGUUAUGUUUUGGUCAAAUCAAAGCUCAAACAUCCCCCCACCCCAGGCAAUCUCCAGGCAUUUGAACUUUUGAAAAUUAGUGUUUUCAAAAUUCUCCACUACACCUGAGCCAAAACUUCUGUUAUACAAGUACGUCCAUUUUAGGUUAUCAAAUGUUGCCACCUCAGGGACAUUAGAAGGGGACCAUGUUACUCUUUUAAAUAUAAAUGUAAUUUUCACCAUGUUGGCCUCCGCAAUGACUUAUUAAGUCCCUUGCAAGGCUAAUUAAUAAUUAAUUCAUUGUUUCAAUGACUAUACUCGUGCACUAAUUGGAAAGUUAUUUUUUGUCAUUGAGGCAACUAAGAGACACUCAACCUUACAAACGCAGCCUGUUAUCUGAAAAAGUGGAACCUACAAAUGGGUCCCUAAUACAAUACAAUACAAUACAAUAACUUUAUUUAAAGAGGGAAGCGCAAUAACCUAUUACAGUUUUCUAACCUACGGCCCUCAAAAAAAUAGAUAAAUAGAUAAAUAAAUUUAGAAGACUAAAAACAAAUAAAUUUGUAAAUAUAUAUAUAUACGGUACACAAAAGAGACAAUAUGUAAAGUAGAAUAGGCUAUAAGCACGUAAUGAAUAAUAUAUAAAUCGACGAAGGGGGGCAAAAUAAUGACUCAGGUCUGCACCCCAAUCAACUGGUGUUGUAUGACACACCCACUCCAACAUGCCCCUUUUUUACACAUCCUCAGCCCCAUUAGCAAUCAUGACCUAAAGUUUGGUUUUUUCCUUGUAAGUUUGAUUUUCAGAAAGCCAUUAUUCAAUAGAAUGGAUGUCUGGACUGUGUUUUGGUGUGUUGGAAUAACAGGUGACAUACACUGUAAUUUUAUUUAUUCAAAUACACUGUUGCAAUAAUACUGGAUGACUUUUCAUGCUCAGUAAUCAGGGUUUUUUGAUUACUUCCAUUUUGUUUCCAACUGACCCAGCUAAGGUUACUUCUUAUCUAUCAAUAAUUUUAUUGUCUGGAGUUGUGCGUUGCUACAUCUGUGAUUAAAACAGUAAUGAUGGUAAAAUAUUUUUAAUAACACCAGAGUUACAUUUUAGAGUUUUUGAAUGGUUACCCUGCCCAUAGCAUUCAUGUAUGGCUGCCAUGAUUGACGGCUCAAUUAUAGCAGUGAAAUGGUUUAAAGAGUUGUAAAGCUAGGAUAAAUAAAAAUAAAUAAAUGUAUAUACUAUGCAAACAGCUACAAUGUUUUUGUUUGUUUGUUUGUUUAGUUGUUUUAUUAAACAGGAUAUAAGUCGUCUGGGUAAGACGGGAAGCAAUUUCUUUGUUAUGGCGCAAUAUGCUUUCCUCACAUAGGAAUGUUUUCAUUUUCUCGCAGAGAAUGUGUUGUUAUAAGGAAGUUGGUUAGAAAACAAGGGAUCAAUUUACAUGCUGCCUUGUGAAGAUUUCGUAAAAUUUGAUGCUUAUUAACCAAUAAAAAGUGUAGUAGAAACAACAGUAAAGUUAGCAUUUUUUUUGUUGUUGUUUUUUUUUUUGCAAUCCGACAUGUUCAUUGCGUUACUUUGUUUCUUUCCUUGUUAUCUGGACCAUAACUUUGUCUGGCCCAUUACUUUAUUUGGCCAUAGUUAUUAAAGUGGAAUGGUCUCCUCUACUAACUAUGAUUUGACUAAUAUGCAACAUGUCAGUGAUCAAUUUACAAAAUGCAAAUGUGGUUGUCAGCCUCUAUAGUUGUUCUUUUGUUCUUCUCUUAGUUAAUUUUAUGCUCUCCAGUUGUGGUAAAUGAGAAGAUUCUUUGAAUGAAAACUAAUACCUAACCAUUACUUGCUGUCAUGGUUGAUUACAGAUUUUGUGACUCGAUUCAUCACGAUGGCUCUUAAGUCGAUGGUGGUUAUUCAGCAUAGAAGAAUAAUUCCAUUUAGAAAAAGGGUAAGAAAUGAUAAUUGCGUCUAUAUAUUACAGAUAUUCUUCUAGGCACUCCCAGUCUCCAAUAACCCCCCCCCCCCACCCCCACCGCCCACAGGGUUUCCAGGUAUCCCCUCUCCUUAAAUAGGAAUAUGGUUCUUGAAGAACCACUUAAUCAAUUUGCUGCAUGUCCACUGGUGUGCCACCCAAUCGUUAUUUAGUAAAUUACAAUGUAUGCUAUUUCGUAACUUACGUGUAAAUCUUCGCAUGGCUUCCUACUGUUGAACAGUUAUGACAGCUAGAUUUUUGCGGGAGCAACAUUCGUCUAUAGGGCAGAGCUACCCUACUGAAAUAGAGGUUUCUAUCUAUAGUCUGUUCCCUUUCAUUUUUAUCGGUAUUGAACCCCACCAAAUCAAGAUAGGUUAUACUGAAUCGGCUUCCAUCAUGUGAGUGGUAUUGUUCUGUAAAACUUCCUAUUGAUGCUUUUGUUCACACCGUGCAAUGUAUUUUCUCACUCACAGGGCAAGUUUUAUCUUUUAAUUGAGAAUUUUUCCCAGUUAUACCGCAUGUUGGUGCCCAUUCCACUGUGGUUCGCCUUUUUCACGGAGUACAACUAUGGUGGCGAAUACUUUGCUAUCAUAGCAACAACAAUAUACUUAAUUCUCAAGGUAAGUCUACUGCGUUCUUUUCAGCCUCACGUAGCCUGAGAAAACAGCCAACAUUUUCACCACCACUGGUUUCCAUGCGAAAUGACAUCUCAGUUUCGGGUUCAGAAACUCCAUCUGGGCACAGGUAACCCAGGCUCACUGUUUGUGUCUCGUACGGGUUUCAUAACAUGGGUAAAUAUAGAGAACAUAUGGGGCGAAGUUUAGGUCUGGAAAUUUGCUAGAAAAUGGAAAUAUAAAUCGAUGAAAAUUACCAUGUGGCGAGUUGUUGUUGUCCUUAAUAGGGACUUUAAGAUCCAACGACGCCACGGCAAUGAGAACAUCGCUUAAAAAGUGAAUUUGCGUUCUUUCAGUCUAUAUCGCAAUUAUUCCUACCCCCAAAUGUAGGCGAACCGUCCUGGAGUUGAAUUCCUAGGCACCAAAUCUAAGUACAGUAAGAGAAAUAAAAUUUCGUCGUUGCUUGUUUACGUCAUCCGUAAAACGCGAAAUCAGGCAUGUUCACGUCGUGGUCGUGCAAAAACGGGCAGAGAAAUGUACAAAAAACCAUGGUGCACGUGCAAAGUUGUUGUUUUGCUAAUCAAACCUAUUGUUUUUUUGACGUUCUCGUUACCGUGCACGAAGUGUCGGGAAAAAUAGUCGCCUUCACCUUUCCUUCAUGUACACUUUUUAUGUAAGAACGUCCAUUUUUCGAGUUGAGCCCGGACCGUUCCUAUUUUCUGGGCAGUUUCAGCCUGGAAAUGUUCUUAAAUUUCAAUAACUUACAGUAAAUAUAUUAUUGACCAUACGCAAUAGGAAUGUGUUGAAAGAAAAGACAAAAUUUUACGUGCACUUUGAUUCCAUGUAGGAUAUUAUGUAAUUCAGACUUUCUGGAUUUAGGCCCGGGGAUUUAGGAAAGUAAAAUCAGUGACAAAUAGAUUGUUCAGUCUUCUCUGAGCCUAUGUCCUUAGCAUCUUCUUAAUAUUUUGGCAAAUUUCUGGCUGAACGUUUUUUUAAAAAAGGUUCUUACAUAAAAAAAAGAGUGUACUCGGAUUUCGGGAUGGAUGGAAUGAAGCCAUGAAUCAGUGAAGUUGUUGAUAGUCCAGUAUUACCCUCAAUUAACGUCGUGAAGCACACUCAGAGAUGAAAAUGGUAUUUUUUGUUGCAUUUCUGUCCAUUAAGAAGAAAUCUCCCUUUUUAUCCAGUACCAGCAAUAUCUUAAUACGUCCUUUUCUUUCCAAAGGGUCGUAUGAUUAUAGGAAAACUGCAAGAGGUGUACUCCGCCUGCAAAGUGUUUGGACACGAUGUGGUAUGUCUCAAGUUUCUUUCAUCUUAUUGUGGCUAGAAAAAAAUCCCUGCAAACACCAUAUGUAGUGAUUAGAAAUGAUUAGUUACAGCGGUAUUUACUCAGAUGUGAAACGAAAGCCCCCAAAUUCAAAACGCGGACAAUGCCAUGUGGAGCUUACACUCGGGAAUUGUCAUCAGAUACAAAGUAAACCAGAACGUAUGGGAACUAUACGAAAUAAGCCGGGACUUAAGCUGUCACGCAAUUCUGACAAAAUAACAUGGACUACUAUACUGAUGCAAACACCUGUAAUACACUGUACACUGACUGGCUUUGCAUUGCAAAUUCAUCUUGCAAGGCAUCUGUAGGUGAAAGGGAAAGCAAGGAAGAUAAUAAACCUAAAUAAAAAACAAAUCAAACCAUGCUAACGUUAUUUAGAGAGAGUGACACUUGACAGUUACAAGACCUCUUAAAGCUGUGGUCCUCUAAGUGUACCCAACGAGAGACAUUUUCUAGAUCGAACUGGGAUUGGACAUGGGUUUAAGGAGGGAGACCUCUUGUCUUGAGGAGAGGGGAGCCGGAUAACCUGAAGAGAAACCUUUCGGAGCAAGAUAGAGAACCGACACAUAUGGCGUCGCCGCCAGGACUUGAACCCAGGCCACAUUGGUGGGAGGCGAGUGCUCAUCAUCCCUGUUUCCCCAAUAGCAUGUAUGGGCACGUAUUUUGCUGAGUCCCUGAGAACACAAAAGUGUAGGGUAGGUGAAGGGGUCUGAUAUCUGAUUGCACCUGUUGAUAACAGCCGUGAUUGGUAGCUCUUUUCUGAUCUUUGCUUGAAUUUAAAAAAGGGGCUGACUGCUAACUCUCCCAAUCCCUAUUCUUUCUUCUUUUCACAGCAAUAUGGCUCACCGCCCUCGAAAGAAGAGAUAGUAGAAGCCGGAAAUUCGUGUCCAAUCUGCCAAGAGGACCUCAAGGAUCCCAUCAAACUUCGGGCGUGUAAGGUGCGGCGUUGAUGGAGAUUUCCUCAAAAUUGAUUACUUGUCGUCUGUUUCUUUUGUCGCUUUAGGGUAACCUCUAUUAGCUAUGUUUAUGAGCCUCUUGCCUAGUCACGUUAACAACGGUCAGCAGACCGGCGCUCUCCCGACUGAGCUAACCUGUGUCUCUAUCUUUCAUUUAUUUAUUUAUUGUUUUUAGCAUAUAUUUUGCGAAGACUGCAUAUCGCUGUGGUUUGACCGAGAGCGUACCUGUCCCAUGUGCCGAGCCAAGGUUGUGGCUGAUCCCAAGUGGAGAGAUGGCAACACUGCAACCUACGUUAUCCUAUUUUAAAUUCUCACUUUCCCGUCGCCUUAAAGUAAAAAAAUAGUAAUUACAAAGUACAAGGCUUGGGUCAAGAGAGGAUUGGUUUGGCGAGGUAGUAAUGUGUAGAAACGGCCCGUGGGUGGGGGGGGGACCUUCAUUCAUUUCCAUGAAUCAUUUCGUUUAAACUGACAUCAUAAGGUUAGAUUUUUGGACUGAAAGAAUUGUUGGCACCAAACGUGUAGACCGCACAUCUCCAACCUUAGCGUUGUUUACAUGUAAAAGCUUGCUGUCCAAAAAGACACCCUGUUCCAGGCGCUAAAUAGUAAAAUUCUAUAUUCUGAUUAAGACUUAAGACCCUGGGAAACAUGACCCGUUCAGCGGCACAUAGCCUUUUAGGUCAAAUAAGGGAGUGACCCUCCCUUCUCCUCCCCCCCGGAAAUAAAAGGACCAUCUGUUUGGUUGUAAGUCUGCAGAUGUAGGUAGGAAUAGUAAAUUGCUGCUGUUUGUCAAUGUUGGUAACAGCCGCACAUACCCGUUGAGGUCAACUAAAGGAGUGACCCUCCGGAAGUAAAAGUAUCAGCUGUUUGGUUAUGAGACUCCAGACGAAAGAUGUACGUAAGGAUAGUUAAUUACAGCUGCUUGUCGAUGUUGGUACUCGGCAUGUUAAACCAUUAUCAUUUAGGAUUUAAAAUAGUAGAUAAAAUAUGAAAUGCGGAUGUUCAUAUAAAGUAUUUUUAUGAUUAUCUCAGUUACAGUGAAUCAUUUACCCCAUAUUCAAAAAGCAAAUAGUGGAGGGUCGUCCGUGAUUGUACAGAAUAUUUAGAAGAGUCGUUCGGUGGU